GCGCCGCGAGGAGACGCGACGACGGGCGCUCGGUCGAGAGGAAGAGCCGCCGCGAGCUGAGCUGAGUCGGGCCGAGGAGAUCGCGCCGAGGCGUAGUGCAUCCGUCGCAUUUCACGGUGGACGAACGUCGGGGCCCGGCCGUCCGCACGCCGCCCAUGCAACGCCGGACAAAAUGCCGAUUAGCUUGCGUACUCUGUGUCUCGUGACGGCGGUUUUGUGCAACGUUCAGCGGAGUCUUGAACAUGAAAUUCCGAGAAGGAGCUUCCUGUCACGCAGAGCGAUCGACGGAAGUAGAGGAAGGAAGUACUUCGACCCGAACGAGGAAGGCGCUUUCGACAGCUACGGCUCCGCGGGUGGUCAAUACGACCCGUACGAUCACGUGACGGAUCUAUCCGACAUAAGAAAAAAUGUGCCGGGUGAGCCAGGCGUCGACUAUCCCGCCUACUCGACAUUACCUCAGACAGGAUUCACGUGCGAAGGACGUUCACGUGGCUACUACGCCGACGAGGCAGCCGGCUGUCAGGUUUUUCACGUGUGCCACGACGUGCUGGUGUCCUCGUUCCUCUGCCCGAUAGGCUCGACUUUCAGCCAGAAGCUGCUGACCUGCGACUGGUGGACCAAGGUCGACUGCUCCUCCACGAACAGAUACCUCGAGGUGAAUCGCAACAAUUAUCAGGUGGACGACGACGAGAUGAUCCGCAACGCGUACGCGAUGAUCAGCCUGCAGUCCACGGAGGACGUCACCAAGGACGGCCUGGUGGACCCCGACAGCGGCGCCAGGAUCAUCGACUACUCCACGCUGGGCGGCAGGACAGCGGGCUACACGCCCGGGUUCCGCAGGAUCACGGAUUACCCCGCCGUCGACGCGACGGGCAACGACCUGCCGAGCGGUCUCGAGGACUAUCCGCAGCGGGACGACCGGCAGAUUCUCGACUACAACCGCUACCAAGAGAAAAUAGCAAGGGCUAAUCCCGCAUACCAGGGUAAAUUCUAUCUCGAGGACAAGGGACGGUCGCCUUACCACGCCUCUCCGAUCAUCCGGCAUGAUUAUCAGAGUCGAUCAACAGCCAACAAUGAGUUCCAGGAUGACUAUCGCAGACCGGACGGUUUCACCAAUCGGCUGCAGGCGUCCUACGCGCCUACUGUGCCCACCGUCACCACCACCACGAGGAGAUUGUACUCGCCUACGGUCCCGACGACCUAUCGGCCUUCCACGCUGGCUUACAGCAAGCUGGACCUGCUAAUGGAUAGUUCCGAUCAUCUAUACGCGCACAGUAAGAGUCUGGUGACUCCUCCCACGAUUACUCGUCAGAACGAUGACUCGAAGAAUGCGGGCUCGAGAGCGCGCGAGACACGCCACGACGGGCCGAAGAAAUCGGGGAGGGACUCGCCGCCGAGAACGGACGGCGAUGAUCGACAGGAUGACGCGGUGCGUCUCGACCUCGAGGAGAAAUCGGAGCCGAGUUUCAGGAUCAACGUGACCGAUACGAUCGACGAGGACGAGGUCUUCAGGCAGCAGAACGACAGGCCGGUGGUUAGAAAUGACGACGACGGGAGCGCGGAAGACAUCGAGACGAAGGACAGCAUCGGAAUCGUGCGAGCGCUGAGUAAUGCACGAGCAACGAUCGCUGUGCGGCGUCAGGAUCCCGUGACCCAGGUAUUGAAGAACGAACGAGCGGAUCCGAUCACACUCCCUCCGUUACGGACGAGUGGCAAUCGCUCCCCGGGAUCUCACGACAACGCUAGCCCCGCGGGCUCGAUUCUGAAGCAAACGGACGCAGUCGUGAUCAAUGAGACUGUGUCGACAGAAGAUCACGAAGAUGCCGCGAGCUCGACGGAGAGGAGUCUCGAGAAGACCGAGUACACGAGGAGCUUCGGCGACAGAACGACUCCGUUGGUGGCGAACGGGAAUCCGCUACCAAGAGACGACGAUUCUUCAUCACGAGAGUCGACUGUCUCGAUAACCGUGAAACCAGCGGCGAACACGACCGAAAGUUUCGUCGGGAGGACUCACGGCGAACUUGCCGAUCGCUCUUCGUCCAAUGAGAGCCAAAUGAUCGCGGAUCAGAACUCGUCAUCAACGAAAGCGCUGCCCAGCUUGGACGACGAGUCCACCGCGAACCUUGGCUUCGGGAUUCUCCGGCCGGCGUUGUUCCUGCGACCUCCAUUGGAAGGCUUCUUCAUUAACAUCCCUGAAGAGACGCCUUACACGACGAUCGACGACAAUUUCAAGGUAUCUUGGAGCCCAGGAGUGACCACCACCGAAAUCCCGUUCCUCUCCAGCGCACCCUCUGGCAGCAAUCAGGACGAAUCGCCGGCGUCCAACGAGAAUAUCGACGAGCAAGCGCUGAUCGAUUACGCGGACGAGGGUUUGCCGGUGACGACGCCUAGUCUGGAGGUUCAGCCCGACCGAGGGAUCGUCGAAACGUCUACACCCAUACCGUGGUUGGUUCCUUCGUGGCACGAUCGAUCGUUCGCGAACGUCCCCGUGACCGAUAUCGUGCCGCCGAUCGUGGAUUACAACGACGGCUUUGGGGACUUCAUCCCGCCGGAUAGAGAGUCGGACGAACGCUCGCACACGACACAGUUCGGUCGUACAGACCGCGUGGAAUCGCCGAGAGAGCAGAGCACUGCUCCUACGAGCUCGAGGAACAACAGUGAAGCGGAACUCCUGAAUCAGUACAACACAGGGUUCGAGUUUACCAUUAGGGACGCUGUCAGGACUCAAGCGGAAUCGAAAAUAGGCUGGAGACCACCGUGUCACUCUUCAACGUCCGACGAGCGAACGAGACUCUGCGAGACGAGUUCUGUCGCCCCACAAGUCGCAGUCUCCACUCCCAGUGUCGAAGAAAAAACAAUUUCGAUUGGCACCAAAACGACUACGAACACUUCAGAACAGCUGGUCUCUUCGGGCAACACGAAGUUAUCCGAGAAGCCGGUUACGCCUGUCCCCGAUCAAUCUUCGACUUUUACCACGCAAUCUUCGGUUAUUAUUGACAGUCACGUCGACGUAGAAGGUUCGACUUUGAGGGCGAUUACGUCGAGAGGCUUGUUCCAGACCAAAAAACUUGAAGAGACAAUAGAAGCGACAACGACGAGUAGUUUACUGCACUCGACCCGUCCAGGAUCCUUCAGACAGAUCGAGGAAGCAAUUGAUCGGCAGAAUUCCCCGUAUGAGGUGUCCUUGACAGUAAAUAAAGACGAGGACUUGGACACGACAGCCGACGACUUCAUCAGUCGAUUAAUCGCUCAGCAUCAGCAGCCGACUGUCGUUCUGAAGGACCAGCUGGGUGACUUUGAAAUCGUCAAGUCGGUCGAACCGGAGGAAGAAGUCACCGUCGUUUCGCAAACGCCCAGGUUGCCCGGUACUAGUCACUACACGUCUCUGAACGGAAGCAACGGCAGUUUCCUGGUUUCGUCAAAUGACACGGCCGGUCAGUCCAAGGACUCGGAGUCGAACGUGAGUAUGUUGACUCUUCUCCAGCUCAUGGCGGAACUGUUGAAACUGGACAGGCUGCCUCGGCCGUUUUCAACGAAAGAUUUACGUAAUGCUGAGCUACAGGCUCCGGCGCACCUGGACGAAUCGCCAUUCGCCACGACAUAUCCGCUUCUCGAUCAUUCGCAAGCCAAAACGCCCUUUGGAAAUGUCAUCUCAAAGACGUCAGUCUUCGAUAUCUUGAACAUACCCGCUGACAUCACCGAGAUGAAAACCACGCCGAACGUAGGUCGAAAUAAACAACCUUUCGCCACAGCGAGUCCAUUGUUGGAUCACUCAUCGGUCAGGACAUCGUUCAGGAACGCCAACUCCAAGACGUCUGCAUUCGAUACGUUGGCAACUAAAGCUGACAACUCCAAGCCGAGAACCUCGCUGAAUCUGGACGUGAAUGAACCUUCACAGUCUUUCACAGAGAAUCCAUUAUUGGAUCAGUCGUUUCAGGUCAGAACGCCGUUCAGAAAUGCAGAUUCCAAGACGUCUUCCUUCGAUGACACUUUGAAGACAACUUCCAACGUUGCUUUCACAUUGUCUCCCGACAUUUCUCCCCGAGUAAAUUCCGAUCGUGCAGCGAAUACGAAGACGAGACGGCCGAAAGCAAACGGUAGAGUCAACCGACCAUUUCAGAAGCAUGAAAUCCUGGAGCAAUUGACAGAGAACUUUGGGCAGCCUCUGUAUCGCGCUGACUCAAUCCACCGGUCGCUCGUUUUCGACCUGCCGCAGGUGCAGAGGAAUUUAGACUUUGAGACCGGCUUACCGAUAGAGAAGAGCGAGCAUGUGAUUGACGAAGCUGAAGAAGACCCGGAGUCUUCUACAAUGAGAACGACGACGACGACGACGUCGACAACGACGCAAAGAACGAUCACGACCGCAGAGUCUGAGAGGACCAUCGUCGAGACUGAGUUUGUUCCUUCCAUAGGAUUUUCCUUCGACACUGACGAAGGUCGCGAAGAAUACGUUGAGGCGAUUCUCGGAGGAUUGAUCGACAAUCACGCCGGUGACGUCACCAGGAACGAAUCCAGCGUCGCGCAGUUAACGCGUGAAGCUCCAAAGAAUGAGACCUUGUCGAGACCCGAACGACACGAGAAUUCGAAAAACGUUUGAAGAAUCUCUAAGGGUCGACUCUUCAAUGGUAAUUUAAACUUAGAUUAGUUUAAAUUUUGCUUAAGCAUAUAUCGAAUUGUUAGAAUUGAGUUUAAACUAAAAUUUUAAAAGUUUAUACUAAAGAUUAAAUUAAACUUAAGAUUUAGUGAAGAUACAAUUUAAGCUUAAGUUAAAAGAGUUUAAACUAAAGACUAAAUUGAACUUAACAUUUAGUUAAGGUAAAGUUUAAACUUAAAUUGAGAGUUUAAAUUACUGUUAAAUAAUUAAACUGAGAGUUUAAAUUACUGUUAAAUAAUCGACCCUAAAGCGUGUGUAAAACAUCAGAAACAUCUUUUGAAGAUCUUUAGGAUGCUUCCGAUGAACAGUCUCACCGUUACCGAUUACUUGUAAUCAGAGUUGUAAAAAUAUUAAUUAAAUUUUCCUCGAUUUAAUAAUUGAUUUGAACAAAUAUGUUUCAAUUCAACUAAUUAACAAUUGAUUCGAGCAAAAUCAAUCGAAGAACGUUGAAUUGACGAUUGAUUUCAACGAAUUUAAUUAAGAACCGUUCAAUAGACAAUUGAUAUGAGCGAGGGGAAUCAAAGAUCGUUCAAUUGGGCUUAGCAAAUUUAAUUAAAGGCCGCUUAAUCGACGAUUGAACUUGACAAAUUUAAUUAAAGGUUGUCUCACGAUUGAUAUGAACAAAUUCAACCGAUUCAAUCAAAAAGCGUUUACUCGAUUACUCAAGGUUACAAUUGGUUUUGUGAAUAAUAUUUGUUCUCUCAAAAUAUUGUGUGUGACAUCGUUGAAAAUGCUGAUGAAAGAAUAGAAGCUGCGUUGAAGAAUCCUACCGUUGAAAGAGCAUUCAGCAUAUCAAUUGUUAUUUAAAUGUCCUUUAAUUAAAUUUGCUAAGUUUAAUCGUCAAUUAAGCCUUUAAUUAAACUUACCAAGUUCAACUAUUAACUAUACAAUCUUUAAUUAUAUAUUUUAUUGGUCCAAUCUCUCUUAAUUAGAUUAUUUAUCUUUAUUUACCUUAAAUAUAUGUUUAGAUCUUUAGUCUUAAAUUGAAUUUGUUGAAGCCAAUCGUCAGUCGAACAGUUUUCGAUUGAAUUUGUUAAAAUCAAUUAUCAAUUAAACAGUCUUCAACUGAAUUGGCCAUAUUAUUCUUCAAUUAAAUACGAUAAUUAAUUGAAAGACGUAAUUAAUUAUUUGCAACCCUGUUUGUAAUAUAAGUGUUUGAUUAUAUCUAAAAGAGUAGUGAGCAGUAGGCAUGCAUUUGAAGUUACAUUAACCUUUUCGUUCAUAUUAAUCGCAAAAUAUAUACUAUACAGUUAUAGUUGAGAGAGGAGACAGUAUAACAGUUUAUGCAUGUGACUACUUUUCUCGCGUCAAAACGCGUAUAUUUCCUAAUAUGUGACCGUAUAGAUAAGAUUUUGUACACUGUAAAAUGGAUUAUGUCGUGAAACGAAUUUCCUAAUGUGAUCAUAUAGAUAAGGUUUCGUGAAAAGCAUUUUAUUGGUAUCAGUGUUUCGCUCGCGACACAAUGGGCUUCGAUAAAUACCCGUAACGUUUCAUCCAAUAGUGGUCUUGCUCAUGUACAAGAGGACAGAGUGUAUGUGUAUGUAACAAAUAGCGUGUGUAUUCGGUGUGCGCGUGCAAGAGAACGUAUAUCUAGCAUUGCGAAUAUGUCGUCUAACCCUCAGUUUGAUAUUCUUCCCUUUUAUAUAUAUUUUUUUAAUAUAUCUAUCUCGUUAUACAAAUUUCAACUGUGUGAUCGAUAAAUACUUGCUCGUCCUGUACAUCCUCCUUCCACAGUUUACUCACCAUGACAACGAUAACGACGCCAAACUCGUUCACUAUUCAGUAUUGUUCGGUGUUUCUCCAAGGCGACCCAAUCGACUCUGAAUGUGGUUCAUCGAGAAACGUUCAAUUACACUCUGAAACGAAGUUAACGGAUUAACUCGGAAACCAGUUGCUUACAGCGACAACUUAUCUACUUUCAAUCAAUUGUAAAUAACCGUAAAAGUUGUAUAUCGAUCUUAUUAAGAAAUAAACUUUUGAAAAAGUGGAAUGAGAGAUAUUGUGUAUAUAGGAUAAAGGGAAAGUGAAUUGUGGUGCCUCUUGUCUCUCCUAAAGUAUCUUAAAGAGGUAUAUAAGGUUAUUUCAUGUAUUACCGAUAUAAAAUUUAUUUUGGAAACAUUGAUUAGCCGCUGAAGGAAAUUCGUAUAUCUCGGCGAAAUGUCGAGACCUACUAAUAACAUGGAGAAAGAUACUAAUAAAAACGAUGACGAAGAGCAAAAUGAAAUUGGCGAACUGGACUUUCACAGACCAUCCAUCUAUCUAGUCGAUUAUCGUAUGAAAUGGAUUCGCGACAGAGUUUUAAAGUUUCUCGGACUUGGUGGACAGGGACAUCU